GGGUUGGGGCGGGAGCACGGGGGAGGGCCAGGUCAGAGGGAAGCUCGUCCGCGCCGGAGUAGAGACUACAUUUCCCGAGGGGCUUUGGCGACGGCGGCGGCGGGCGCGGCGACGUCCCCCGGAAGUGGAGCCCGGGACUUCCACUCGUGCGUGAGGCGAGCGGAGCCGGAGACUCAACCAGAGGCCGAAGACGGGAUCUAACAAGAUGGCCGGGCUGCCCCGCAGGAUCAUCAAGGAAACUCAGCGUUUGCUGGCAGAACCAGUUCCUGGCAUUAAAGCGGAACCAGAUGAGAGCAACGCUCGUUAUUUUCAUGUGGUCAUUGCUGGCCCCCAGGAUUCCCCCUUUGAGGGAGGGACUUUUAAACUUGAACUAUUUCUUCCAGAAGAAUACCCAAUGGCAGCACCUAAAGUACGUUUCAUGACCAAAAUUUAUCAUCCUAAUGUAGACAAGUUGGGAAGAAUAUGUUUAGAUAUUUUGAAAGAUAAAUGGUCCCCAGCACUGCAGAUCCGCACAGUUCUGCUCUCGAUCCAGGCUUUGUUAAGUGCUCCUAAUCCAGAUGACCCAUUAGCAAACGAUGUAGCGGAGCAGUGGAAGACCAAUGAAGCCCAAGCCAUAGAAACAGCUAGAGCAUGGACUAGGCUAUAUGCCAUGAAUAAUAUUUAAGUCGAUCCGAUCAUCAAGUUUGUGUCACUUCUCCUGUUCUGCCAAGACUUCUUCCUUUUUUGUUUGCAUUUAAUGGCCACGGUCUUAAGAAACAUUACAGAAUAAAAGCCCAGACAUUUUCAGUCCUUUGGUGAUUAAAUGCACAUUUGUCGUGAAAUGUUUAAAAGCAGUGGCCCUCUGCUUUUAUGCAUUUCCCCCAUCAUGGUUUAAGUAUAAAGCACUGUGAAUGAAGGUAGUUGUCAGGGUUAGCUGCAGGGGUAUGGGUGUUCUUUAUUUUAUUUUUUGAGGGGAAAAGCAGUUUCAACAUUUUAUGGACUCCUUUUCCCCCCUUUUAUGGUGAUCUAAUUGCAUUGGUUAAAAAGCAGCUAACCAAUUUUCUAGAAUACGCUCUCUAGCCAAGUCUAACUUUAUUUAGACGAUAUAGAUGGACAAGCUGAUUGAACCAAAAUGGGAACAUUAACAAACAUCACAGCCCUCACUAAUAACAUUGUGACUUUGCUGUCAAGUGUAGAUUCUGCCCUUCAAAAAAAAGCUUGUGACCAUUUUGUAUGGCUUGUCUGGAAACUUCUGUAAAUCUUAUGUUUUAGUAAAAUAUUUUUUGUUAUUCUACUUUGCCUUUGUACAGUUUAUUUUACAGUGUUUAUUUCAUUUUCCCAAUGUGACAAUCGUAUUUAAAAAUCAAAACUGAUGGAACAUUCUGUUUUGGUCUUCACCAUCUGACAAAUAGAAUGGCAAGGGAUGGGAAUUUGCCAAUUUCUUUUCACAGAUGCAAAUUUGUGUUAAGAUAUUACUGAAUGGAGUAUUUAUAAACAGGCCCUGAGCAUGCAUAAAGCAUCAGUAUCUGACUUUUUCUUAACCCCCUAGAAAUUUGAAAUAAAUACUUUGUGUUAUCUGGUUAGGUGAUCGUAGGUGUCUUGCCACAAUGUUUGAAAAUCACUGUACAGGAGAGUUGCAGCAAAGAAAGCAGCUGUGACUGACAUCUAGGACUUUCACAUAUUUUGUGCCAGUUUUUUUUUUUCUUCUUUCCUCAAUUUUGGGUUAUGACCUUUCUUGGUUUUUGUCUGAAAACUUCAUGUAUUACCAUUGGUGUGUGAUUAGGAAAUAUCAAUCUGAUAAUCAUUUGGGGUUUGUAGAGAUAUUUGUCAAGUUUUCCUUACAGAACUAAGAGGAAAUCUCAAGCAGCUUGCGUUCAGUGUCAUCAGAAAGAUUUCUUCCUUCAAGAGCAUCAGACUUUGAGUUAAUGAGUCUUGCAUCCAUCCUUUCCUAGUAUACUAUGGGAGCUUUUAAUUCGGUUUUAGUACAUUUUUCAUGGAUAAGAGUUUCUUCCCUCACAAAACUGUUCUUUCCCACAUCUCUCCACAUCUAAGUCCCAAUUUUUGUUAUUUUUAAGUCUUAUGUAGCCAGUCAUAAAUAUGUAAAUGUUAACCUUUGGGUUGGAAUCGUUGAUUCUUACAGUUUAAGGUAAUGGAUAUUGUAGCCCAUCUGGAUUUUCUUCACUUUCAGUCUCAUAACUUCUGGAGUUUCUUCAGAAUGUGGUGUAUUUUAUUGUGCUCCUAUGUAAGAUGAAGAAUUAUCUAUUAAAAUUACAUUUUCAACAUA